AUGGCGGCGUCAGCAUCGAUAUCUGCAGCUCAGGCAGAGCUCAUCAACUCCCUAUCGCAAGAUGAUAUUCCAGCGAAGCUUCGCUGCGCGAUCUGCAGCAAACUUGCAGUGAACGCCUUUCGACUGCCCUGCUGCGAGCAAGCUAUCUGCGAAACUUGCCAAUCGACGUUGCCAUCGUCUUGCCCGGUUUGCGAGCACUCCCCUCUGUCCGCCGAUGAUUGCAAGCCGCAUAAGGCACUGCGGACUACAAUCAAGGUCUUCCUACGAACCGAAGAGAAGAAGCGCGAGGCAAAUCGGCCCAAGGAUCCGACACCAGCGACGCCAGUUGAACCAAAUGCAACAGGUCAACUUCCGACUCCUACCGCUGAUGCUCCGGCUGCGGAGGUAGGGGGAACGAGCCGCGAGCAGCGAGAGGCGCCCGUGGCGACUGCCGAGCAGAAGCUGGACGAUAACGCCACCCCUGCCGACAAGUCUGCCGAUGAUGCUGAUCAGGCAUCGAGGGAUAGCAAAGUCGUUCAAUCAAUUGAAGAUGCUGGGGAUAUGCAGAUUGUCGCCCAACAGGGGACGGGCGAACCUGCAGGCGCCGAAAAGUCUAGCGAUGGAAACGAGGCAAAUGUCGAGGAUGAGACAGGCGACGGGAGCCAACAGAAUCCCAAUUUCGGCCCAGGAUUCGGCCUUGACAACAUGAACGGAUCGUUCCCAAACAUGAACCUCGGUGCUGGAAACUUCGACCAAAUGCAAAUGAUGAUGGCCAUGCAAGGUGGCAUGCCAAACAAUGGUUUCGGUGCCUUCCCAAUGAUGGGCAUGCCAGGCAUGGGCAUGGACCCGAUGACAAUGCAGAACAUGUACAUGAAUGGUGGCUUCGGGUCUCAAGGCAUGGGCAUGAACGGCAUGAACAUGAACAUGGGGAUGGGAGGCUUUGGAGGCGGUCCCAAUAAUAACUGGAACGGGCAGCAAUCAUGGAAUGUCGGCCAAGAUAAUUUCAAUCAUCCAAAUGCUUCUGGCAUGGGUAAUGGUGAUUAUACCUCUUUUAACUCUGGGUUCCAGACAGGAUACAAUCAAGGUAAUUAUGGCCAGCCGAACCAGUUCAAUGACUAUCGCCGGAACCAGUAUGGCUUCCGCGGUAGGGGCCGUGGCCGUGGAUACGGAGGCGGAGGCGGAGGCUACGGAUACGCCCGAGGAGGAUACAACCAGGCAUACGGCGUCUAUGGGGCCAGCCAGGGCCAGAACUACAUGGGCCAGCAGUAUCCACAGGGACAGAACGACCAAGCAACGAACGGACCAGAAGGCUCUGUUAAGAACGAGAACGAGCCAAGUGCGACCAACGGGCCGCGCAAUGUUGAUGAGUUUGGCCGGGAGCUCCGUCCUGAAUCAGAGAAAGGUGACGCUGAAGGUGCCGAGCAGGCAGCAGGUGCAUCCGGGUCAGCCCGGCAUGGCGACGACGCUGAUACCAAAGGUGACCACGAUGACCCUACGUAUACUGCAGAUCAGGAUGGCCACAUUCAUACCGGAGAAUCCGCCGCGUCGCAUAGUGAUGCAUACCCGCCGCCGCAUGGGGGGGUUGCAUCCGCGACAGGACCCGGCGUAUCAGAUGCAGCUGCAGGCCAGAGUCAAAUUGGGGUUGUCAUUACCAGCACACAAAACACAGUUCCCGAUGUCCCUCUGAACGCUCCAAAGGGGCCCAAAGCAUACCUCCGGGGACUUCCUAACACCAGUUAUCGGACUCUGCAGGCGCGAGGCUUAGUGGAUGAUGGAGGGUCGAGGUCAAAUGGCAGUGGCCUGCCGAGCCCGGCAGUUGAUGAUGCGCGGUCCAGGAGUAGUUCCCAAGCUCGCUCCAAAAGAAGCUUCGAGCACCGUGACAGGAGCAAGGAACGCGAGAACGAUCGGGCCAGAGAACACCGCAGCAGGGACUACCACCCUCGCGAGCGAUCGCAUUCGCGGUCGGACAGUAGAAGCCGGAGCCGGAACCGUAGGGAGUCGGGCAGGCGCCGCAGGCACCGUUCGGAAUCGGCCUCGAAUGAUGAGCGUGACGAUGAGCGCCGCCAUCGAAGACAUGGCAGGAAACACUCGGACUCGCGUGGUGAUGACGCCGACUCAAAGUCGCGCCCCAAAGAUGAGCAACACGAUGAGCGGACGAGGUCUGCAUCUCCCGAUGACUCGAGGAAGUCGGGCCACCGGAGUAGCCGGAGAGAGCGUGACUCGGAAAAGCGCCGGGAGCGAGAGCGAGAGCGGGAGAGAGAUCAUGAUCCUGGUCGUGAUCGUGAUCGCGAUCGCGAUCGUGACCGGGACCACAAGUCAAGCCGUCGCUCACACCGUGACCGAGACUACGACCGCCGAGACCGGGAUCGACACCGAGAUCAAGAUCGGGAACGCGACAAGGACCGGGAGCGAAAGGAUCGUCACCACGGGCGCGAUCGUGAUAGAGAGCACCGCCACCGGAGCAGCAAGAGGUCACCGGACGAGCCGCCCACGCCAGUGGACUCCCCAGACGACGAAUUCAAGCCCCCGACAGGUCCGAAGACGACGGCCGGGCCUUCGUCGUCGUCGGGCCAAGGCCUCGAGAUCAAGGGGGCGAGCUCGAAGUCGCGCGAAUCCGCGGAGCCGGGCAGGCGGUCGUCGCAGGCAUCGGCGGCGGCGGCGGACCCGCACGCGGCGGAGCGGGCGGCGCGCGACAGGGAGAGGCUGCUCAGGGAGACGCGGAGGAUGGCCAGCCUCGCGGGCGUCGCGGGGGGCAAGCGCGGCCGGGAAGACGGCGACGAGUCCAGGCGCAGCAGCAGGCGCAAGGGGCGGCGGGGGGAGGUCGUCAGCAUGGAUGACGAGGAGGAGAGGAUGCGGCGCCUCGAGGCCGAGAGGGAGUCGGCCAGAUUCCGUGACGACUAA